CCUCAGCUCCCCUGGAGCUGCCCCAUGGCGCUGCCUGGCACUGAGCUGCCUGUGAGGAUGGUCACAAAUGCUAUGGAAGGGUGUCCAGGCUUUGGGCCACAUCCUGUCCUCCAGAUCUGGGAAGUGAGGGCUGCCUUGGUGGCCUUAGAAUGAAGUGCUGUCCCCAGGGUGGUGCCACCAGCCUCCAGCUGGAGUUCACUUACCAUUGGACUCACUCAAGUCCUGGAAGCAUUCCCACAGCGUGUCCCUGCUGGAGGCAGUGCUGGGAGCAUGCAGGGGCUCAGCUGGAGUGCAGCUCCUUGCUCAGGGCAUGCAGGGCUCCUGCCAGGUCCCCCAAGGCACCUGGACACCUUGGGGCCACCCCUGGCUGUGUCCCCUUCGCUGUGUGUCUGCAGACUCCUCCGUGAGGACACCUUGGUGCUGGAGACCAGGGGACAGUUUAGGGGUGCUCCUGUGUCCCCCUGCUCCUGGGGACUGUGCCAUGUGUCCCCUCCCAUUACUGCUCUGUCUGCCCACAGGAAACCAUCCAGCAGCUUGACAACGAGCUGAGGAACACCAAGUGGGAGAUGGCAGCUCAGCUCCGCGAGUACCAGGAUCUGCUCAACGUCAAGAUGGCCCUGGACAUCGAAAUUGCUGCCUACAGAAAGCUCCUGGAAGGGGAGGAGUAUCGGCUCGAGACUGGCAUUGGGAUGCUCUCCUACCCCGAGGUGGUCCCCAAGCCUCCCAGCAUCACCACCAGCAUCAAGGUGAAGAGCGAGGAGAAGAUCAAGGUGGUGGAAAAAUCAGAGAAGGAGACAGUGAUUGUGGAGGAGCAGACUGAGGAAAUCCAGGUGACCGAGGAGGUCACAGAGGAGGAGGAGGCUGAGAAAGAGGCUGAGGAGGAAAAAGCUGAAGAGAAGGAGGAAGAGGGGGAGGAAGAAGAAGAAGAGGAGAAAGCUGAAGAAGAGGGAGAAGAAAAGGCCAAGUCUCCUGCAAAGGAGGAGGCUGAGUCCCCCUCAAAGGAAGAAGCUCAGUCCCCAGAGAAACCUGAGUCCCCCUCAAAGGAGGAGGCCAAGAGCCCAGCAGUCAAGUCCCCUGAAAAGCCCCCAUCCCCCUCAAAGGAAGGGGCCAAGACCCCAGUUGUGAAAUCCCCAGAAAAACCUGCAACCCCCUCAAAGGAGGAGGCCAAGAGCCCGGCUGUGAAGUCCCCAGAGAAACCCCCAACCCCCUCAAAGGAGGAAGCCAAGACUCCAGCUGUCAAAUCCCCUGAAAAGCCACCAAUGCCCCCUAAGGAGGAGGCCAAGACCCCGACAGUGAAAUCCCCAGAGAAACCCACACCUCCCUCUAAGGAGGAGGCCAAGACCCCGACAGUGAAAUCCCCAGAGAAACCCACACCUCCCUCUAAGGAGGAGGCCAAGACCCCGACAGUGAAAUCCCCAGAGAAACCCACACCUCCCUCAAAAGAGGAGGCCAAAACCCCAACUGUCAAGUCCCCAGAGAAACCCCCAGCCCCUUCUAAAGAGGAGGCCAAGCCCCCAGCUGUGAAAUCCCCAGAGCCACCCGCAACUCCCUUGAAGGAGGAAGCCAAACUCCCAUCUAUCAAAUCCCCAGAGAAGCCCCCAAGCCCCACUAAAGAGGAGGCCAAGCCUCCAGCUGUGAAGUCCCCAGAGAAAGCCAAAUCUCCCGUGAAGGAGGAGGCCAAGUCUCCACAGAAGGAGGUGGCCCCAGCCAAGGAGCCAAGCCCUGCUCCAAAGGCCCCGGCCAAGGAGGAGCAGCCCAAGGAGGUGAAGGCUCCCUCCAAGCCUGAGGAGGCUAAGAAGGAAGAAGCUCCCAAGAAGGACAUCCCAGCCAAGGCAGAGGAGAAACCUGAGGAGAAACCAAAGGAGAAGGCAGCUGCUGUGCCAGAGGCUCCAGCUCCACAGGCCAAAGAGACCAAGCCAAGCCCCAAACCUGCCGAAGAGGGAAAAGCUGAGGAGGCUCCAGCAAAACCUCAGCAGGAGGUCAGCAAAGCAGCCACCAAGGAGGCUGAAAAGCCAAAGGCUGAGGAGCCUAAGAAGAAAGUAGAAGAACCCAAGAAGGAGAAGGCGGAGGAGCCCAAGAAGGCAGAGGAGCCCAAGAAAGAGAAGGCAGAAGAGCCCAAGAAGGAGAAGGCAGAGGAGCCUAAGAAGGUGGAGGAACCCAAGAAGGAGAAGGCAGAGGAACCCAAGAAAGCAGAGGAACCCAAAGCUAAAGCAAAACCCAAAGAUGAGCCCAAAGCCAGUAAGGAACCCCCCAAAGCCGAGGCUCCCUCCAGCAAGGAGGGCACAGCCCCAGAGCCGGGGAAGAAGUGACAGAAAGGUCCCGGGAGCCGCAGGCACCUCCGGGCACGGGAGCUGCUCCGCUCCCUGCCAUGGCUGGGCCCAGGGUGGGAGCCCAGGGACCCCCAGGACCCCCAGGCCAGGCUUUCCCUUAGCAAUAGGCCCGUGAGAGCCCCUCGGGUGGGCGAUUGCUUCCCUCGCAGAACGUGAUACUCGCCGAGCGCCACAUUUAAACACUUGAAUAUAACCCAGGAGAAGAGGGGGGACCCCCAGGGGAACCCCACCACCCUUCUCCUCUAAGUGCAUUUAUUUAAUGUAUGUGCAAUGGAUGGAUGAGUGCAAUGCAGAGCUGUAGCUGCUUGGGGGGCUGGCGGGGUCCUGCCCUGCCCUGGGGGGUGACAGUCCCUUGGGGCAGAGGUGGGAGAGGCUGGGAGCUGCUGGAAUGCUCACAGACACACACGGUGCACCAGGAACCUCAGCCCACUGAUCUUUGCUUUCUGUGCAAUAACCAAAUAAAAGUGCUUACAGAGACA